AUGCCACGAACCUCAGGACCAUCUACGUCAAUUCGGAGUCUCAUAGAGAAUGGAACCGUUCGACUCAUGCCUCCUGUGAAGGAGCAAGUCAAGAUGGAAUUGCAUGAAGAUUGUUUGGGCGAUAUGUCAAUUGAUGAAUUCAUGAAAGCUCAGCAACUGGACGCUAGAAGAGGCGUUUCUACGCAAAAUGGUCGAAGUGUUGAAUGCAAUAAGGUACGGGUAUGUGACAAUGGUCUGGAAUAUCGUAACACUCUAAGCGGCUCAUCUGCGGACGGAAUUGGCGUCACGAUAGACUCGCAGUCAUCGCAUCCCCCACACGAAGUACGAAGAAUCAACACUAGAGGUGGUGUGAUAGCAAGGUCUCUUGCCUGCUUGGCUAAAUAUCGUGCAACAAAUCAAGAGACGGUGAAGGCUCCUUUAAGUCAAGGUAACUGUGCAUCAAAUCAAGAGUCGGUGAAGGCUCCUUUGAGUCAAGUGAAACCACCUCCAGCUGAUGAAGUUAGCAACAACAGCACCGUGAAGGAAGUGAAGAAGGAAACAGUGGAAUUACCAAGCCAGAGUUCCGAAAUGAAAGAGCAUAUUGUUCCACUUUUCUAG